AUCAACAAUUCCAAAACUCAAACCUCCACUCUCGCUCUCAAGUAUCACCCAUCUCUCUCUCUCUCUCUCUCUCUCUCUCUCUGUUAUACCUUCACUUGUUCAGACGAAAAAAAUGGCGGAAGCAGCCAUUAGCUUACUGGUAAACAGGCUAGCCCAAGUUGUGGAAGAAAACGCCACGCUAAUCCUCGGCAUCAGAGACCAUGUGGAAGAGCUAGUGAACGACCUCAACUCGUUCCAAGCCAUACUCAGGCAAGCAUCGAAGCACGAAAGCAGCAACGACAACGAUGUCCUGAGGGACGUAGUGGAUAAGAUCCGAAGCGUGGUCAACGAAGCCGAGGAUGCCAUCGACAAGUACCUAGUGGAUACCAGGAAACACAAGUCCAAAGGUACGGUGAUGAGGUAUUUGGAUAAGGUUGCUUACUAUUCGAAGGCCAGCGAUGCUGCGAAGCAGAUAGAUGCCAUUAAAGGAAAAGUGGCGAAGAUUAGAAAAGAUCAUGAUGCUGGCCUUAGGGAACUCCAACGUGAUCCAACUGAAGCUCAGUUGUUCCUCCAAAGAAAGGCUCCUGUUGUGGAAGAAGAUGAUGUUGUGGGGUUUGAUGGAGAGGCGAAAGCUAUAAAGGAUCGUCUUCUUGAUAAAUCCAAUGAAAUGAUUGUCAUCUCAAUUGUGGGAAUGGCUGGGCUUGGCAAGACCACUUUGACCAAAAUGGUGUUUAAUGAUAGCGAACUUCAAUAUGAGUUUUUUACUCGAAUUUGGGUAUAUGUCUCAAAAACUUUUAGUAGAAGGCAAAUAUUCCUUGAUAUCCUGAGUAAUUUCACCAAGAAGACAAAAGACUACCAUGAUUUGUCAGAUGAUCUGUUAGCUAAUAAAGUGAAGGAGUUUUUAGAGGGCGGGAAGUAUUUCAUUGUGGUCGAUGAUGUGUGGAGCCAGCUAGACUGGGACCAUUUGAAAUCCGCCUUUCCUCGAAACAUGAAAGGUAGUAGAGUCCUUUUAACAACUCGGCAUGAGAAUGUAGCUUCACAUGCAGAUUCGGGUAGUAGUCCCCACCAUUUGAAAUUUUUAACAAAUGACGAAAGUUGGGAGUUACUGAGGAGGAAGGUUUUUCGCAAGGAAAAUUGUCCUCUUGAAGUGCAAGCGUCCGGGAGACUUAUAGCUAUAAAGUGCAAAGGACUACCUCUUGCGGUUGUAGUGAUUGCAGGUGUCUUGAACAAAAACAGCGCGUCUGUUGAGUGGAAACAAGUAGCUGAUAAUCCCUUUGCUGAGAUUAAUCGAGAGAAGCAAAGCUAUCACGAGCUAGUGAAGUGGAGUUACGAUCAUUUGCCUUUCUACAUGAAAGAUUGUUUCCUUUACCUUGCUGCAUUCCCGACGGGACACAAUAUUGAUUCUUGGAGGUUGAUGCGCUUGUGGAUAGCCGAGGGGUUCAUUCCACCCACGGAGGGAGGCUACACCUUGGACUUGGAGCGUACAGCAGAGAAAUACUUGAAAGAUCUCAUUGAUAGGAAUCUUCUCAUGGUAUUGAACCGAAGAGCAGAUGGUCAAAUCAAAACAUGUCGUAUCCAUGACACAUUGCACGAGUUUUGCAAAUCUGAAGCGGGCAAGAAAAAUCUCUUCCACAGCAUAGAUGGCACCAAAUUGGAGGCCAAUAAUACUAGUAACUACCGUCGCCUUUGUGUCCAUUAUUCUCUCAUUUUGAAGUUCCUCGCCUUAGAUAAAAAGCCAUCUGGAGAAAAUAUUCGAUCUUUCUUAUCAUCAUUCUCAAAAGAAGUAGAAGUCCCAAAUGAUUUCUGGACAACCAUCCCAAAAGCCUUUCCAACUCUUAGGGUAUUAGAUAUUGAGUACCUCAAAUUUCAAGUGCUUUCCAAAGAAUUUUAUCAUCUCUAUUAUCUUAGGUACCUAUCUAUCUCAACUGACCUCAAAAUCCUCCCCAAACAGUUCAACAAUCUUUGGAAUAUGCAAACUCUCGUGCUCAAGACAUCACAGAAUACGAUUGAAGUUAAGGCAGAUAUUUGGAGCCUGACAAAACUAAGGCAUGUUCUCAUCAAUGCUUCUGCACAGCUUCCUCCUCCUUCGAAAAGCAGCAAACCAAGCUCUUUAGCUAUGGACUUACAAACACUAUCCACAAUAUCACCAAGUAGUUGCACCGAAGAGAUCUUUGCUCGAAUCCCCAAUCUUCAGAAACUGGGAAUUCGUGGGAAUUUGUCAGAGCUUCUAGAGAGCAGGGGAGGGAGUUGUUUGUUCGACAAUAUUCACUCAUUGGAUCACCUCGAAAACCUAAAAUUGUUGCACGAUGCCGCCAUUGGUCAGGCUAGCAAGCUGCGAAGCAUUCCUCGUGCUGAGAAGUUCCCUCGCAAGCUAAGGAAGUUGACAUUGUCGAACACAUCGUUUGAGUGGAAGGACAUGUAUAUACUGGGAUCUCUCGAGGAGCUCGAGAUCCUAAAGUUGGAGGAAAACGCCUUUAGGGGCGAGUUUUUGGAUCUAACCAAUGUUGCUUUUAAGCAUUUGCAGCUCUUGCGUAUGGGAAGGACAGACUUGGUAUCCUGGACCGCUUCCAAGAAUAGCUUUCCAGUACUAAAACAUCUUCACCUGAGACAUUGUGCUAAUCUCGACGCUGUCCCGCCUUCAUUUGCUGAAAUCGAAAGCCUCAGAGUGGUCGAGUUGUUCUGUACAAACAGUAGGGCAGCUAUUUCUGCUCGCGAGAUAUUUAAACCGAAACAAGAAAAGCAUAAUACAGAGAGGAGCGGUACAUUUGUGUUCUCUAUCUAUCCUCCUGAUCAGUAAUUUCAACUCGGUUGCUCUAUCACAUUGCUACAAACAGACAUUUGUUCUAAGUGGCACAACAAAUAAAUGGUGGCAUGAACAAAUCUCAUCUGCAAUGUUCUUCUGAAUGGUUAAUGGUGGAGUGUUGUGAGAAGAUUUCAAUGUGUAAAUGUUUUCUAACUGUUGACAGAACAGUUGUGUUGUUAUUAGUUGACAGUUUGGUUUGUUUUUAACUGAGAAAUGGAAUGUAAUGAAUUGGCUUUUGUUUAAAUUUA